GGGCGUAGAGUUCGAGAUCUGCGAUCCAUGAGCACGCGAGGUCUGAACGGUUCCAAGAUUGCCGAGUGAUCAACGUGCACCACAGAGCUGCAAACGAGCCGGUGGGAGAUGAUGGCCUCACUCUGGGAGUUGGCAGAGAGAAGUGCCAUCCCAAGAUAGCGCAAUCUGUCCGCCAGCCUCGUUCACCAGACGCUCCAAGAUAUGAGGGUCAAACUACAUACGCUUGUAAGUAGGCACGUAGGUACGCCGUCACGAAAUGGGGAUAUCCAGCCCCAGCUCCAGCGUUCGAACGUCGACUGCCUCACCAUGCCCGUACCUGACGACCUUCUCUGCGUCUACCUAACCCUCGAGCGUUUCUGAACCCUAUGCACAGCCCCUCUGACAGCCGCCGUCUGAUGUUUUCCAACAGGCUGCAGCGCCAUGAGGUCAAGAACCCGAGCCGCCUCCGAGCCCGGUGUCAGCCAUUCCCGCAGCAACCCCCCAAAGGUCUGACCAAUGGAAAGCCACAAAGAUUGGCAUCCCAAGAGUAUGGCAUUGACCAAAAGUUGAAGCCGGCCGGGAAUAGGAAGCUGAAAAGACCGCCUUGACGAUCAUACUGUCGUGGGCGUGCGUGGCUGGGGCGAGAAAGCCUCAAGUCGUAUCCGUAGAUGUGGACGGGGCGGUGGCUUAACCACAGAGCUACACACGUUUGAUAGUUUUUUGAUAUUGGGGAGCACGGCAGUUCUUCAUCUGCCACAAACUCCCCUCCCACCGCUACCCACCCGUGCCACCUUUACCGAUAUUUCGCUGAAGACGGC